AUGACUGAGAUUGGUGCAGUGAUCCACAUUGGUUCAAAAUACCACAGGAUGCUCUAUGAAGCAGAUGGAAUUGGAUUCGUAUUCAAACUGAAUGAGGAUGAAGAGACCUGCAGAAUACGACUGAAUGGGAGAGUGUAUGAGAUGGAUGUGGUGGAGUACCAGGAUGUGGCUGAAUUCACGAGGAGAUCAGCCAAAUCAACUGUGGUUCUCAUUCAUGGGAGAGAUGCAUUCACUAGGGACAUGAGCAGGAAGAUGGAUAAGGCAUUCAAAAUAGGCAGAAUGGUGGAAGUGGAGAGAUUGGAGAAAGUGGUUGAAGAGAGUAGAGUGGCAUGGAAUGGGGCUGUGAUUGGGAAGUGUCUGACUGGGCUACACUUUGAGAAUGGGGUGGAACUGGUUGAGAUGUUGGAGCAGGUUGUGGCAUCGUAUUCAUCACCAAUUCCAUUCGUAAGGAAACAGGAGAGGUGUGGAAGUGGGAAGGAGUUGUUGGCUGCGUACAUUUGUGACAGGGCAGGCGUCUCUUUGGAAGUAGCAUCUGUUGUGGCUGACUUCUACAAGACAAUUGGAAUGUUUUUGACUAGGGCAGGGGUGGAUGAAGUCAGUGGUCUGGCUGUUCCAGGAAGACGAGGCACAUUGGGGCAAAAGGUGGCUGCUGAAAUAUGUAGAGGGGUAGUUAGUGCUAAUAGAGAGGAGUCCAAGUGUGACUAA